UAAUGUAUUAGAUAAACGUUGGUCAGUGCGCCGGCAUUAGUUCAGUCGGGUACAUAACACUUCGCGCGAAACUUGUGAAAUUUCACGUGAACAAGUGUAAUCAGGUGUAGAAGAAAAAAAUAUCAUUGAGAAAAUGACUGACACAAUGAAUGAAAGUAGUGUUAAUGCCACGGAGAAUUGGCAUGAGUACAUCAAGUUGGCUCUCACUGAAGUGCCUUACAGUUCGCAGAUCAUAUUCUCCGUAGCUUUGUUUAUAAUUUUCGUGGCCAGCCUCAUCGGUAACAUCAUCACUUGCGUAGUCAUCUACUAUGACAGGACUAUGCACACAGCUACCAACUGCUACCUAUUCAACCUGGCUGUGUCAGAUCUGCUCGUCACGUUCCCAAUUCUGAUCAUCAUUUAUCAACUGUUGACGCAAAACAGUGAGCUCUUCCAGUACAGGUAUGGAGUGUUCUCGUGUAACUUCGUGAUGUGCAUCCACUUUCUGUUUAUAAACGUGCUGUGGAACAAUAGUAUAAUGGUGAUGACGGCGCUUUCGAUUGAAAGGUACAUCGCUGUGUGCUAUCCUAUGAUGUUGAAAGGGACUCCAAUUUGGCGUCGAGUGGGAAGAAUAAUUCUACUUAUUUGGACGUUGGCGAUAUUGGAGACUUUGCCAGAGUUUUGGAUGUUGGAAAUAUUCGAUACAGGGACUACGCUGGUCUGUUUCUCCCGUCCAUCACAGUUAGGAAAAAUAGUGACAAUAGUCAGUGCGAUCGGCACAUUCAUAGUACCUCUGGCUAUUAUGAUAUUCGUGUAUACUAUGAUAGCGCUUAGAGUUAAUGACAACAAUGAAAUGUACAAGUUUAAGGGAACAGUUAUCAAUAAUGGCUUCAAAAGGAAGAAAGUGAAUAAACUCAUAAUUGCUCUGACGGCGUCAUUUGUGUUCUGCUGGCUUCCAUUCUUCCUGCUACGAACGUUGAUGUUUGCGGUCGACUAUGAAAAGUUCGUUCAGUAUCAUCGGUGGUGGUCCACGGCACAUAAGCUGUCGAUGUUCAACAGCUGGAUGCCAACAGUUCUGAACCCCUUGCUGUUCAGCGCGAUGUCCAUCAAGUUCAGGAAAUCUUUUAAGAAGCUUUGGGAAGGAAAACUAAGAAAACGAAAUCUCCGAAGUGAAAAAUCUGAAUCCACGCAAUCUCAACGUAAAAAGUCAACAAGUUAUUAUCAAGUUGAAUAAACAUUGACCAAAUUUGGAAUCUCAAACAACGAACCGACAAGUAGAUGUAAUAUUAUAUGCAUGUGCUGAGUAAGUAGGUAUAAUUAACGUUAUUCUCUGUAUGAAGUAUGAAUGUCAUAGUUUGUAUAAGCUGUAAUAAAACUGUGUAUUAUGGAAUUAAA